AUGGCUCAAGAGAUAUUUAAUUUCCUAAAGAAUCAUCAAAAAAAAGAAAUAAAGCAUAUAAUCUUUAAACAAUUUAAAGUACAAUCUACUCUUUUUUCCUUUUCGGAUGACGUACUUGAUAUUUAUUCUAAUUCCGGACAACCAAAAGGUGGAUUGAACUUGGAACCUUUUAUUAAUCUUAGAAAAAUCACUUUUCAGAGCAAUGUUCAAUUGAAUAGUUUAGAAAAUAUCGACAUUAGCAAAAAUGAGAAAUUAAGCAAAAUAGUGAUAGCGGAUCAAAAUCAUGGUCAACUAAGCAAUUUUUUUCAUACUAAUAAUUUUAUUUUGUUAAUGAAAGAAAUGCAAAGUAACAGAAUAAUUUUAUGUUAUUAUGAAUAUGAUUCCCAAAAUUGUAUGUGGGCAGAAAAAUAUAAAUAUUUGAGAGAACAAGCUAUACUACCAUAUUUAUUAAUCGAAGAUAGAAAACUGGAACAAUCAGCGGCUGAAAUUGCAGAGCUAAAACAAUCUCUUAACCAAAAAUAUCAAAUCAUAGCCGAUUUAAAUAAAAAAAUCCAACAAACUCCUACACUCAAUCAAUUUCGGGAACUAAAUAACAUAGUUUUGGGCAGUACCGAACUCAAUUUUAACAAUCUGAAGCAAGAAAUUAAAAGGCUUAAAUUGAAAGAUUUUAAUCCUUAUUUUCAAGAGCAAAAAAAUAUUUUUGAGCAAUUAACGGCUACAGCCAAAAGUAAAGCAGGUGAUAGUUUAAGAUCCAUUUUAGAUCUUUUUUUGCAGACAAACAAACAAAUUAUCGAAUCUGAAAAUGAGAGUGAUAAUUCUUUUGCUCGGGGACAGCUACAGGGACAAUUAACCACUUGCCAAACUCUUUUGCAAACUUAA